AUGGAGCGCGGCGGUGACACGGCCGUGUGGAGGCUCCGCGCUACUGCCGCACAGCGCGACCGCCGCCAGCCGCCGCCGCGGGAGGACAGCGACCACGGCGCGGGCGGGAAGAAGCGGGGCGGGCGGCGGCCGCUGCUGCCGCUGCCCGAGGCGCGGGGGGCGCCGCUGGUGCUGCUGUACCUGCUGGGGCUGCGGGCGCUGGCGCAGGUGUCGCACCGGCAGCUGCUGAACCGCUCACCCGCCGUCGCCGGGCCCCGCGACUUCAGCGCCUCCCGCGCCAGGGGAUAUCUUGACAACAUUACAGCAAUUGGGCCCAGAACAGUUGGAAGUCCAGAAAAUGAAGUUCUUGCAGUUAACUACCUCUUAGAACAAAUUAGGGGAAUAGAAAGAGAAAGCACGGAUGCUCACAAGAUAUCUGUAGACAUACAGAGGCCUACAGGCUCCUUCAGCAUUGACUUUUUAGGAGGUUUUACUAGUUACUAUGCAAACAUAACCAAUGUGGUAGUGAAGCUGGAACCUCGAAAUGGAGCUGAGCAUGCAGUGUUAUCCAAUUGUCACUUUGAUUCCGUACCAAAUACCCCGGGUGCCAGUGAUGAUGCUGUUAGCUGUGCAGUGAUGCUUGAAAUACUUAACACACUUUCAAAAUCAUCAGAGUCCCUGCAGCAUGCUGUCAUAUUCUUAUUUAAUGGUGCAGAAGAAAAUAUUUUGCAGGCUAGUCAUGGCUUCAUUACACAACAUGAGUGGGCCAAAUCAGUCAGAGCUUUUAUUAACCUGGAGGCAGCAGGUGUAGGAGGAAAAGAACUUGUUUUUCAAACAGGACCUGAGAACCCUUGGUUGGUGCAAGCAUAUGUAGUUGCAGCCAAACAUCCCUUUGCCUCUGUGGUGGCACAGGAAAUAUUUCAGAGUGGCAUUAUCCCAGCAGAUACAGACUUCCGUAUCUACAGGGAUUUUGGCAAUGUUCCAGGAAUAGAUUUGGCUUUUAUUGAAAAUGGCUACAUUUACCAUACAGAAUAUGACACAUCAGACAGAAUUUUGACAGAUUCCAUUCAGAGAGCAGGUGACAAUAUUUUAGCUGUCCUAAAAUACCUAGCUACAUCAGAAAAACUGGCUAAAUCUUUUGAGUAUCGGCAUGGAAAUGUUGUGUUCUUUGAUAUACUUGGUUUAUUUGUCCUGGCUUAUCCUGCUCGUGUUGGCACAAUUAUGAACUAUAUUACAGCAACGGUUGCUUUUUUUUAUUUAAGCAAAAAAGUAUUACAGCCAAAACCCAGAGCUGUUCAUAACCUGAAGAAGUUACUGACUGCAUUCAGUUUAACCUUGACGAGCUGGGUGUGCACACUGGUGGCAGUCCUAAUGGUGGCAAUGUUUGUCUCCAUCAUUGGGAGGGCUCUUUCUUGGUACACCCAUUUCUAUGUUUCUGUGUCUCUUUAUGGCACUGCAGCUGCAGCUAAACUCAUUCUUGUGCACAUGCUAGCCAAGAAAUUCUUCUACAAGAAUGUGAAUGAGCAGUACCUGGGAGAUGUUUUUUUUGAUGCCUCAUUGAUGAUUUGGUCAAUAGCAUUGGCUGUGAUGACUCAGAAGGGCCUUUGUUCAGCAUUCAUUUGUACGUUAUGGGUAGCAUUUCCUUUACUCACUAAGCUGAUGAUCCACAAGGAAUUCAGCCAAAAAGGUGCCACAAUAAAGUUUAUUGUGAUGUACAUGCUGGGGAUGUUUGUUCCCUAUCUGUAUAUGCUGUAUCUUAGUUGGACUGUGUUUGAAAUGUUUACACCUGUCAUGGGACGAAGUGGUUCAGAAAUUCCACCAGAUAUGGUGUUGGCAGGAUUUAUUGUGAUCUUCACUAUGAUCCUGUCUUCCUAUUUUAUUAACUUCAUUUACCUUGUCAAAAGUACCAAAACGACACUAGUAACUUUAACUACUGUGUUUGUAGUCACUCUGAUUCUCGUUUGUAGUGGAAUCUUCUUUCCUUACAGUUCUGAUGCUGCUAACCCAAAGCCUAAGCGAGUCUUUCUCCAGCACACAAGCAGAAGAUUUCAUGAUCUAGAUGGAAAUGUGAUUAAAAGUGACUCUGGUAUAUGGAUUAAUGGGUUUGAUUAUAAUGGAAUAUCUCACAUAACUCCCCAUGUACCUGAAAUCAAUGACACCAUCAGAACUCCAUGUGAGGAGCAAGCUCCCUUCUGUGGCCUUCCUUGGAUUCUGCCAGUGCAUUUCAUGUUCCGGAAAAACUGGUAUCUUCCUGCUCCAGAAAUUUUGCCAAGAAGUCCCAUUCAGUUUAAACUUCUGUCCAAGAAGCCGAUGCCCUGGAAUUCUGUGAGGUUAAGCUUUGAAGUGUCUGGCCCAAGCCACAUGUCCCUGUACGUGCGGCCACGCGCGGGGUCGGCGCUGUCCCGCUGGUCCCUCGGAGAUGGAAUGCCGGUCCCCAGCAUUGGGGGAGACUACUUUGUAUUCUACUCCCACGGGCUGCAUGCGGCUCCCUGGCACUUCUGGGUGGAACUGACGGUCCCAGAAACGCAUUCUGAUGGAAUAGUUUCCCUUGCCAUAGCAGCACAUUACUUUUUUGGGGAAGAUCAAAAGUCACCUCAACUCUAUGCCUUAUUGGAGAGGUUUCCAAACUGGACAUUUUCUUCUGGCUGGUCCUGUACUUAUGACCUUUUUGUCUUUUAA